AUCGAUUUCCAUGAUGAAAGAAACGAAAGAUUCGGCUUAUGGUGAGUCCGUUGAGCAAGUUGAAACUUUGGAACAAGAACAAAGGACGGAAUUGAGGGAACGUUUCCUGAGAAUGAUGUCUUUUCUGGGAGGCAAACAGGUAGAGCUCGACAUGCACGAACGUACUCAAGUGGUUGGUAAAUUUGGUGCAGUGAAAGCAGACCUAACGCAUUACAUCGUUGACGCACUGAUUACACCGAUCGGUGUGAUCAAUCAUGCCAUCUUGAGAAUGAAUGAUACAAUCAUUAUCUCAACCAGUGAUCUAAAUGAACUUUCAAAUUUCAAAAUUCCGAUUCAGUAAAUAGUUCACAAAAAAAGAUUUAUUCAUGUUUUUAGAACAAUGUUAGAAAAUACAUAUGCUGUGGGUAAAUAUAACAUAGUUAUCCUGAGCAAGCAUGCAUACAUUCUUUGAACAACGUGGAUGAGAAUAGUUGAUUUCUGUCGGAUAAACUGUCUACAAUUGGACUAGACAAUAGACUGAGUAGAACACUUUGAAAUUAGUGUAAGAGAAGUAAAGAUACAAAAAGAACUAAAUAAUAGUUGUUUCAAAGAAGAUGUAGAUCAUCGCUUAAUGAGUUUUAAGUAUUAUUUCAGGUAGCGCUAAGCCUGAUUUCACAUUUCUGCAUCCUCCCUCGAGGAUAUUGCGAACUUUUUCGCCCAUAACCAGUACCUAUCAAGGAAGCAAGU